AUGGCUAAUCCAGGCACGGUUGUAGCACACGUAGCUAAGCUAGUUAUUACCAUAGCUUGUAUGAAAUUCUUCAAGGAUUCCUUUUCCCUUCGAGUGACCGAACAAAGCUGGGCUGUUCGUGCCCUUCAGAUUCUCCUUGUGCACUCCAUUCUGGGCAUCUUCAGAUAUGGCGGCUCGAGCACCACAAAGCGCUUCAGAAACUUUUACGAGCUGUUUACGAGCAUCAUAGAGGUCGUGCCUUUUGCCUUCUUCACCACGGAGGUGCUGCUGAAGUAUCGCGUACGCGAGGAGUUGCGCUUCCUCCUUCUCGCCUUGGCCUUGUCCCCGAGCGUGAUUGAGCUCAGCUCGUCCCGAAUCAAAGACCGCUCGAAGCUCUCUAAAUUUACCAACAUUAUCUUCGGGCUGCAGUCGGCCGCGCUGAUAAUCGUCUGCCUACUCAACGAAAAUUAUGGGGGACUCAGUCUCGCUGCAUCGUUCGCCGUUUCCCGGUACUUCUCCGAGGACUUCUGCGACCACUACGAAGUGCCCUACGCUGAUCUGUCCCAGUACAGUCUGGGCUUCGUCGAGAUCUUCGCCCUCGCUACGCUCAAGGAUAUCUAA